UCUGACGUCACUUCCUAUUGUUGCUGUUGUAGUGACAGAGACGGAGGGCUUCCAUGCUAAGCAGCGAAUAACCACAUUAAAGCCUUACGGAGGCGGCUCGUUACCUAUCCAAGGGGUUGAACUCGUCUUUAGUCGUCUAAACAACAGUUUUCACCUCAGUGGACUUGAUUAUGCGGUCUGCCUGAUUCUGUAAAGCACUUGCUGCAGAAACUGACCAAGCACGCCGACGCCGCUGAGCUGAGCUGCUGCUGUUGUGAGAGAAGAAAAACAAGCUCGGCGAGCAGAGUGCUAAGCUGUGUGUGAUCAUUGACAGAGUUCAAUACACACAAGCCUCGAGUGAUAACUGGUAGGAGCGUUGUGUUGCGUGGCUCCAAGGUUCUCUAAGAAACAACGGCUGGGAGUAUUUUGACCUCAGAAGUCGAGGUAUUACACACUAAAGGUUUUUAUUUGAGUCAGAGACUUGAAGCACAGUGUCCACAGUUUCCAUCGGCUUGUCUGCAGCCCCCUACCUACCCCAACAGUUUUCUGCCCCAGCAUGAAUGAAGUCAGUGUUGUUAGAGAGGGAUGGCUCCAAAAGAGAGGUGAAUACAUCAAAACAUGGCGGCCGCGUUACUUCAUCCUGAAGAGUGACGGAUCGUUUAUCGGAUAUAAAGACAAGCCUGAAGUGUCCAUUGAUCCCAGCCAACCACCGCUCAACAACUUCUCUGUUGCAGAAUGUCAGUUGAUGAAGACGGAACGCCCCAGGCCCAACACGUUUGUCAUCCGAUGUCUCCAGUGGACCUCGGUUAUUGAGCGAACCUUUCACGUAGACAGCAAGGAGGAGAGGGAGGAAUGGAUGAGAUCGAUCCAGGCAGUAACCAACAGCCUGAAGAGUCAGCAGCAGGACGAGGAACCCAUGGAGAUUAAAUUUGGCUCACCGAGUGACAGCAGCGGCGCAGAGGAGAUGGAGAUUGCUGUGUCCAAAUCCCGUUCAAAAGUAACCAUGAUCGACUUUGACUACCUGAAGCUUUUGGGAAAAGGGACGUUUGGAAAAGUGAUCUUGGUGAAGGAGAAAGCCACUGGGAUGUACUAUGCCAUGAAAAUCCUCCGCAAAGAAGUCAUCAUCGCUAAAGACGAGGUGGCACACACAGUUACAGAGAGCCGAGUUCUCCAAAAUACGAGGCACCCCUUUCUAACGACUCUAAAGUAUGCAUUUCAAACAAACGACCGGCUCUGCUUUGUGAUGGAGUACGCAAACGGAGGAGAGCUCUUCUUUCACUUAUCCCGGGACAGAGUAUUCACUGAAGAUAGGGCACGGUUCUACGGUGCAGAAAUAGUCUCAGCACUGGAGUAUCUACACUCACGCAAUGUCGUUUACAGAGACUUAAAGCUUGAGAACCUCAUGUUAGACAAAGAUGGCCACAUAAAGAUAACGGAUUUUGGACUUUGUAAAGAGGGGAUCACAGACGGCGCCACCAUGAAAACCUUCUGUGGAACCCCGGAGUACCUGGCACCAGAGGUGCUGGAGGACAACGACUAUGGACGGGCAGUGGACUGGUGGGGACUGGGGGUGGUGAUGUAUGAGAUGAUGUGUGGUCGGUUGCCGUUUUACAACCAGGACCACGAGCGUUUGUUUGAGCUCAUCCUCAUGGAGGAGAUCCGCUUCCCUAAGAGCCUGGCUCCAGAGGGAAAGGCCCUGCUGGCAGGACUGCUUAAAAAAGACCCCAAACAAAGACUCGGAGGUGGACCAGACGAUGCCAAAGAAGUGAUGACCCAUAAGUUCUUCACCCCCAUCAACUGGCAGGAUGUCAUUGAAAAAAAGCUUAUUCCACCCUUCAAGCCCCAGGUAACAUCAGAGACGGACACGCGUUAUUUUGAUGAUGAGUUCACGGCACAAAGUAUUACAAUAACCCCCCCAGACAAGUAUGACAAUUUAGAUCCAGAGGAUUCAGAUCAGCGUACACACUUCCCUCAGUUCUCCUACUCUGCCAGCAUACGGGAGUGAUCCCUGAGACUCAUGAACAAGUGAACAGGCUGGCAUACAAUCACAAUCCCACAUGCACCCAUGCACUGCGAGGAAACGGAACGAGACAAGAAAAAGUAGCACAAGACACAUUUUCAUUCCGUUGUUCACACACACACACACACACACACACACACACACACACACACACACACACACACACACCUAAAUAACUGAUAAAGUAGGAAAUGAGGUCACAGAUCAUGACUGUCUGACUUCAUCAGGCUUGUUUGGACAGACUGGCAGCUUUGUCUCUGCACGUCCUCUGAGGGUCGGCCGUUGUUCUUCCCUGCUGGACCUCUGCAGCACCAGAUCAAAGCCUUUACACUUUAAAAACCCACCUAAGUACCACCUUUUUACCAGCUGUACCCCUGGUCAACACACACACACUCACACACACACAGUCCAAGCACGCAAACCUACACGAUGGAAUUUUAAAAGUAUAAUCACAAUUAGGAACAUUGAUGACAUCUGGGGAAAAGGACAAUUGCUAUUAUUUUUUUAAAUUUCAUCACUUGUUACGGUUUUAAAUGUAAAGCCAUAUUUCAGCUUUUUGUUUUGAUUAAAGAAAAUAACAAGUGCUCUUUCUGGAA